AUGGCGCCCAGCCCGCCCUACAUGUACUCGGCGACGGCCAGCGACGACUCCCGCUUCCCGACCUCGACCUUCGAUCCCAAGGCCAUCACCCGGGCCAGUUGGGAGCCCAAGCCGAAGCGCAAGCCUCAGACCGGGCCAUUGCUUUCCUUCAAUGCCCAUCCCGAUACCCACGAGGCCCUACAGCAGCGAUCCGCCUACAAGCAACUGGGCAAGAAGACUGAGAAAGCUAUCAAAUGGGUUCGUGGCUGGCAGCUUCUAUGCCGCCUGCUGGAGUUCAAUGGUGCUCUCGGCAUCUUGGUUCUCAUGAUUCUGCUGACCCGUGUCAAUGGCAUCACCGCCUGGAUUAUGCGCAUUGUCUCCGGAGUCACAGCCCUACACUGUCUGUACGGAAUUGUCCACCACUCUCGCUCCGCGACGACUAGAACUCCCGGAUCGACGGCGGCAUACCAGCUCUUUGCAGGCAUCUUUGAUCUUACCGCUGCCUCCUUCUACGCAUAUGGAGCUUUCGUGACACAUCGCGACUCCGCCUCAUGGGCAACCCUCCUUAAGGACCAGAGUCUUCUCGACUACCUUGUACCUGCAGUAUACUACACCAUUAUCGGUGCCGGUGGACUGCACCUUGUUUCAUUUCUCACGUCUCUCUGGCUCGCCAUCACCUUCCAGCGGAUCAGCGACAUGCCACCCGAUAUGAACCCAUUGGAAUCCCACUUGACGGCCCGUCCUUCGUUUCACAAGCGCAACAAGUCUUCCGUCACUACAUACAGCUCUGAAAAUGAGAAGAGGUUGUCCACGGCCCAGAGCUCCAAGCACCGGUCGGAAGCCUCGUGGGAGAGCUUCUCAUACCCUCGCACCGUUCCCUUCAUGCACACCCGCACCCAGUCGCAGGAUACUCUUGUCAACAAUGAGCCGCGCCUCAAUCUCCCACAGAGGCAGUACCAGAUCCCGACCAGAAACUCGGUCGCUUAUUCUGCCGCGUCCAUGAUUAGCAGCCACGCGACUGCGCCGCGUUCUUCUAGAGGAAGCUAUGCGGAGCUUGCGCUCGGCGAUGCCAGUCCAACUCGCCCGCAGUAUGUUGCCAACAAUGGCAAUGCCAGCAAUUCUCGGGCGCCCAAGUUCACCGAGACCUGGAUGCCAACCGACUCGCUCAUCUCCCGCACAAACCACCGCAACCGCGAGAUGGCUGCCGCCAACACUUCCCGACAGGCCCGUGGCUCGCAGUCGUACUCUGCGCUAGACCAGCGCUACAACGCCGACCUUGACGACUCUGGAUCCGACUACGGUGAUGACGAGAAUGCCGAUAUCAGCAGCGCCCGCCGGAGGGGAGCCAACGGCAACCAACACCCCCACCCUCUCGGUUCGCACCCUACGACGCCUCCCCGCCCACAGACCCGCGCUGGCGGCUCGUCGCCUCGCCCGACGACUCCAUGGACCGCCUCCCGGCUCUCCGCCAAGAGUGCUCUCUCUGAGAUUAGCAGCAACGAGCGAUUGGGAGAGGCUACCCGCGGGCUAGGCAUCCGUUCGCCGUUGACCAACAAGCCCGACCUGCGCCCGCCGCCCGCCAUCACCAGCGACGAGUUUUAUGCGCGCUCCUACGGCGAGCUGCGCCCGGCCACGCCCCCCGUCAUGGUCGGGGACACGAGGAAGAUCUCCUCGGGCAACGACUACCACGCGCUGGCCAUGGCGGCUGAGCGUCGUCGCGUGAGCGGCAAGGUGGCCGAGGAGGGCCUCGCCGGUGGCCGGUUCACGGUCGGCUACGCCAGUUAG